UUUCCAUUUAUGUUUUCAGUAAUUUUAAUUCCAUUAGUUUUUUAUUCCAUUAUCUUUCUCUUCGUUGUAAUAUAAAAAAAAACACUCGUCUUUGAAUUGAUCUUGAAAAAUAAAAUAAAAAAAAUCUUCUGUUGAUUAAGCUGCGAUUUGAAGUCAGAUCAAACUCAAUUAAAUUGUCAACUUUUCCGAUUAAAAGAAGACCAAGAAGCAUCAAGACUUUUCUUUAGUUUUCAACUGCGCAGCUGCUCUGUUGUAAUAAAGUAGUACAAGCCAAAUUGCUAGCAUGGACACUGUUAUUUCAGUUGUCGCCAAAAUAGCAGAGUAUACAGUGGCACCAAUGGGUCGACAGUUGGGUUAUCUGUUUCGCUACACUACUAAUGUCGAUAAGCUCAAAAAACAAAUGCAAGAUUUGAAGGAUGCCAAGGAUGGAUUGCAACAUCGUGUUGACGAAGCCAAGAAUAAUUGUGAAGAAAUUCUUGCAGAUGUUCAAAGAUGGCUAAGCAGGGUCGAUCAAAUCUCUGAAGAGGUUCACGGAUUUCUUAACGAUGAAGGCCAUGCAAAGGCUAUAUGUUCUUCUUGUGGGUCUGUUUUGCAUUUGGUGACGCGACAUCAAUUCAGUAGGAAAGCAAAGAAGAUGUCAAUCGCAGUAUGCAAAGUGGACAAAAAUAAAUUUGAUGGGAAACAGAUUUCUUAUCGUGGUCAACUAGAAAGUUGCUUCGCAGAACCCAAAGACUACGAGACUUUUGAGUCAAGGAAGGAAAUUCUAGCGAACAUAAUGGAAGCUGUAAGGGAUGCUAAUAGAAGCAGGAUAGGCCUGCAUGGAAUGGCUGGAAUUGGCAAAACUAUGCUUGCCAAUGAAAUUGCUAGACAAGCUGAGAAAGAAAGGUUAUUUAGUAAGGUGGUUAUCAUAACUAUUUCCCAAACACCUAAUAAAGAAGCGAUUCAACAACAUAUUGCUGAUAUGCUUGAGCUAAAGUUUGGCGAAACAGAUAACACUAAGGGCAAGCGAGCAACACUUCUUCAACAACGAUUGAAGCCAGAAAAUAAGAUUAUGUUAAUUCUUGACGACAUUUGGAAGGAACUCAAUCUAAAAGAAAUUGGAAUCCACAACGAGUGCCAAAUGCUACUAACCUCUCGAACUCGACAUGUUUUACGCAACUCCAUGGGUAUUGCUGAGAGUAAUGUGUUCUUUCUUUGACCUUUAGACCCACUGGAAGCUACAAGUUUGUUUAAGAAAAUCAUUGGAGAAAUAGUUGAAAAUGCAGAUUACAGUCCUUUGGCAUGCCAAAUUGUUGCGGAAUGUGCGGGCCUACCAGUUUCCAUUGCUACAGUGGCACAUGCUUUGAAAUGCAAUAUGGAAUUGUCCAUAUGGCAGGAUGCAUUGCAUCGACUACGGAGUUCGGGCUUCAUAGUGAUCGAGGGAAUGGAUGAGAAAGUCUACUUGAGUAUUAGGCUGAGUUACGAUUUUCUUGGAAUUCAUGAGAAGGAGGCCAAAUCAUUGUUAUUGCUUUGUGCUUUACAUAAAGAAGAUGCACAAAUACGAGUUGAAGAUCUGAUGAGAUACAGUGUGGGUUGUCGCUUGCUUCAAGGCGUCAACACAGUGAAAGAAGCAAGAAACAGGGUGAAUUCAUUGGUUGAUAAACUUAAAUCUCACUGUUUGUUGUUGGAUGGUAAAAGUAAAAGUUAUGUGAAGAUGCAUGAUGUUAUUCGUGAUGUUUGCAUAGUAAUUGCAAAGGAAGAUGAGCAUAGGAUGAAUAUCAUUACUAGUGUUACUAUGUAUAAGGAAUUUGUUGCCCAUGAAAGACAUAAAGCAUCUAAAGCAAUUUCCUUUCUUGGCUAUGAUGAUUUUGAAAAUCUUCCUAAAAAAUUGGAAUGUCCCUGGUUAGAGUUACUUCUUUCUAGUUAUUCUUUGAAAUCAAUUACAGACGACUUUUUUGAACAAACUAGGCAACUUAAAGCUUUGGUUAUGGGUAAUACAAGACUAGAAUCAUUACCACCAUCCUUUCAUUUGCUUCAAAAUCUCCAAACAUUAUGUCUAGAUUCGUUUAAUCUAGAAGACAUAGCUGUGAUUGGGGAAUUAAAGAAUUUAAAAGUCCUUGAUCUCUCUGGAUGUAGAUCCAUUAAGUUGUUGCCAAAGGAAAUAGGACAAUUGCAGUAUCUGCAACUACUAGAUCUACAAGGAUGUGAUCGUUUAAGAGUCAUUGAAUCUAAUGUCAUUUCAAAUUUGACACAAAUGGAAGAGCUCUAUCUGCCAUAAAAGUUUCUGGGAUGGGAGACUGAAGAGGGCAGUAUGAAAGAAAGAAGAAAUGUCAGUCUUAUUGAGAUAAAGAGUUUGCAACUACUGACAGUUUUAUAUUUGUCCGUAUGACAGUUUUAUAUUUGUCCGUACCAAGUGAAAAUAUUUUGCCAGAGAAGUUGUUUAGUGAAAAGUUGGAGAGAUACCAAGUAUCUAUUGGAGGUGAUUACAACAGGUAUAAAAAUGAAUUUCCAAGGUGGUUGCAGCUAAAUCUCUCAAAUAUGAAUGAAAAAAAUGCAUCUGGACUUAAAUCAUUAAUUAAAAGGUCUGAAUAUUUAUCAUUAGAGAGAUUAGUGGAUGUCACCAAUGUUGUUCAUGAUCUUGAUAAAGAUGGUUUUCCUAGAUUAAAGCAUCUAAGGCUUAUACAAUUAACAAGCUUGGAAAUGAUAUGUCAUGGUAAACUCCCAACAGGCUCGUUCAAUGAAUUGAGAAAGGUGGAAGUGAGGAGUUGUGAUAGAUUAAAGAAUUUGUUCCCUUUGUCCGUCACCAAACUACUUCAUGAGAUUAGAGUAGAAGAAUGCAAGAUGAUGGAAGAGAUAGUCAACCAUGGGAGGGAAAGUGAAGGCGAUGAUGAAGCUUCCCAUAACAUUGAUGAGUCUUUUCAAUUACGCUCCUUGUUUCUACAUUUUCUACCAAACUUUGUCCACUUCUACUUCUCCAAGCUGAAGACAACUGGCGAGUCUUCACUAGUAGAUUAUUCAAAACCUUUAUUCAAUGAAACGUACUUGCAGGUUUCAUUUGCUAACUUGGAGAAAUUGACUUUGAAGAAACUGAAUAUAGAAAAGUUAUGGCCAAAACAUCUUCUAUCAAAUUCUUAUGGGCAGAAAUUAACAAGUUUAGAAGUUAGAAGCUGUGAUAAUUUAAAGUAUAUGUUCUCUUUUACUCUUGCUCAAUGUUUUGUAAACCUAAGAAGCUUAAAAGUGGGUGAUUGUAAGACAAUGGAAAACAUAUGUGUGACUACAGAGAAAUUUGGAGAAGAAGAAUCUCAGUUGAAAAUGAUUUUGUUCCCUGAAUUAAAAUCUAUUGAGUUUGAUAAGCUUUCAGCCCUCCAAAGAUUUUGUGCUACAGAAUCUUGUAUGGAAUUUCCACUGCUAUCAAAGUUAACAAUAGAAGACUGUGUAGAACUCAAGACAUUUGUUAGCUCUUCCACUAUAUCAGCCGAAGUUUUCCUCAAUGAAAAGGUUUCGCUUCCUAAUUUGAAGGAACUGGUUAUGAAGAAAUUAGAUAUAGUAAUCUUAUGGCCAGACCAACCUCUAUCAAGUUGUGACCUACAAAACUUAACAAGCUUGAAGUUAGAAAGUUGCAAGAUAAUAGAAUAUUUAUUUUGUUUUUCUAUGACUGAAAGGAUUGUAAACUUGAAGGAGGUGAAGGUAUAUGAUUGUGUGGCUAUGAAAGACAUUCUCAGAGGUAGGAAAACAGGAGAAGAAAGACGUUCUUCAGAGAAUAACACUUUGUUCGCUAAACUGGAAACUCUUCACCUUUCCAGACUUCCAGUUUGUAAAACAUUUUGUUCAGAAGAUUCAUACAUCGAACAAGUAUCAGUUGGUGACGAUGAGGGAAAGAUUAUACCAAGAUCAAAACAUUUCUUUAAUGGAAUAAUUGCAUUUCCCAACUUAAAAGAGUUGACUAUUUCACAUUGUAACAAUAUGAAGUAUCUCUUCUUAUCAUCUGUCAUGGCUCAAAUCCUUGUACCACUCAAGACAUUAAGGGUAUGGGGAUGUGAGAAUAUAAAAGAGGUAAUAAUCAGUGAUGAGGAAUCAGGUGGUGGAAGCAAAUCAAUAAUAUUUGAAAAACUAGAAUCUCUUCAGCUUAUAUAUCUUCCAAACAUUAUAAAGUUUUGUGAUGGAGAUGACAUUGAAUGUCCAUUGUUGUCUACACUGGUUAUAGAGGGUUGUCCUAAGCUGAAGGAAUUUAUAAGUAAUUCCAUGAGCACUGUUGGGUGAAGAAAUGGGCAUCAUGGUAGAAUCUAAACAAAAUCUCUUCAAUGACAAGAUUGCAUUUUCCAACUUAAAAGAGUUGCGUGUUUGGGAUUGUAACAAUAUCAAGUAUCUUUUAUCAUCUGUCAUGGCUCGAAAUCUUGUACAACUCAAUAGAUUAUGGGUAUGGGGAUGUGAGAACAUAGAAGUGGUAAUAGUCAAUGAUGAAGAAUCAGG